UACUGGCGAAGGAGAGGCACAGAGAAGGGGAUCCUAAGGGACUGAACAAUUUUGUCCUACCUCUGUCGUAGAGUAAAAUAUCGACAUUAUAUUUUGCUGUUCUCGUUGUGCAAUAACCGUGUGGUCAUUUUGGAAGGAGAUAUUCAGCAAGUUAAAUCACCGAAACGCCGUUAUUAUGAAGAAAAAUAGCAACUGACUAGCGAACGAGCAACAGCGAUGACUGACAGUUGAGUGGAAAUCUCAGCGUUGACUGAAUCGAGUUUGCUGUUUGAUUUCUUUUUUUCUCCAUACACGGUUCAGAUUAGUUUAUAUUACUUGAAGUUGUAAACGACAUAGUAAUCGUUAGUAUUUUGCGUUUAUUCAAGAAGAUAUGUUUGUGAAAGACAGCAGCCAUGAGUAGUGACCCGUGUGUUUCGUUUACUACUGUACGCCACGCGUGCCUUGCAUGAACCUGAAGUUGUCAAAAGCGAAGCUACAGAAUUCAGGACUGUGCGACGGGGGAAAUUGCUGCACUUUACAAGCUGCGGUUUAGGUUUUCUUUCAAUGUACGGGAAUAGGCAAUUUACUUAGUAACUAGAUACAUAGCAACAUCCAUAGCGAGUGUUACCGGAAGCGUAAUUCAAUUGAGAGUUCAUAUCUUUCUAAUCGCACAAACUUUGUGGCCUCCUGCCCAUUCAGCUAACGGUAACGUUAGCUAGCAGUUAGCUAGCAGCUAGCUAACGUUACUCCCCCUUCUCUGCAACGCUAGAGACUGCGGAUUGUAUCAACACUUGAAAAGACGCAAUGCGAUGCAAUUUAUUGCAAAGUGAGACUUUUCCUUUGUUUAGCCACAAUGAUUCUCACGGUUGCGUUUGUUAGGUUUGUUUGUGGUGAUUUUGAAUAUCCCUCUGACCUGUGCAGUUAACUAGCUGAAGCUAACCAGUGAGUUAGCUCGCUAAGUUAGCUAGUAGUGAACACGUUGGACCCUCCGCCCAUUUUUCCGGGAUGACCGUUUUUAUUUUUUGUUUACCUGUGGUUUAACUAACAAACCAAACGACAGCUACACCUUGCCAGCUAAUUUUAAUCGAGUUGACUCGGAUUCUUCCCCAGACAGUUGCUCUCUACUGUGUUGUCGGUCGGAUAUUGACUAGAGUUGAGUCAAUAUGUGUCCGCGGACUUUCCUUGUGUUUUUUGUGACUGCUGUCUACGUAUGGAAUUGUCAGCAAACGAAUGGAGAAAGUACAGAAAUCUCCACUGGAAUCUGCUCCAGUAAGGACAUCCGGAACAACGUGACCAACCUGCGCUCCCUGGAGAACUGCACGGUCAUCGAGGGCCACCUGAAAAUCAUCCUCAUGUUCAAGACCAAGCCCGAGGACUUCAGGGGUCUCAGUUACCCAAAACUGACAGUGGUCACAGACUUCCUGCUCCUGUUCAGGGUCUACGGUAUGGAGAGUCUCAAAGACCUCUUCCCCAACCUCACUGUGAUCCGAGGUAACAACCUGUUCUUCAACUACGCUCUGGUCUUCUUUGAAAUGCUGCAGCUCAGGGAUAUCGGUCUCCAUAGCCUGAUGAACAUCACCCGAGGAGCGGUGAGGAUCGAGAAGAACCCGGACCUCUGCUACCUCUCCACCCUGGACUGGUCCAAGAUCCUGGACACGGUGGAGGACAACUACAUUGUGUCAAAUAAGAACGACAGGGAGUGCGGGGACGUGUGUCCCGGGGCGCUGGCCAAGGGGAAGGCUACCUGUCAACAGACCACCAUCAAUGGGAACUUCAACGAACGUUGCUGGACGCACAAGCACUGCCAGAGAAAUGGUAUACAGCUACAGGACGGCAUGUUAGGGGAGGCCUGUGUGGACCGCUGUCCCCAGGGAUACUACACCUAUAGGGGCUGGCGCUGCGUCCCYUUCUCCUUCUGCCAGGACCUCCACAACAAGUGUAAGCAGAGCAAGAACAGCGACUGCCACCAGUUUGUCAUCCACAAUGGAGCCUGUAUACCAGAGUGCCCCUCCGGGUAUACUACUGUAAACUCUACCACGUUGGUCUGUACUCCGUGUGCUGGGCUAUGUCCUAAGGUGUGUAUGGGCCUUAAGAUGGUGGACUCUGUGACAGCAGCCCAGGCUCUGAGAGGAUGCACCGUUCUCAACGGCAGCAUGGAUAUCAACCUUAGAGGAGGAAAUAACAUAGCAGCAGAGCUGGAGGCUAACCUUGGACAGCUGGAGGAGAUUACAGGCUUCCUGAAGGUCCGGCGCUCCUACGCUCUUGUCUCGCUCUCUUUCCUCCGCAACCUACGGGUCAUCAGAGGGGACACACUGAUGGACGGGUGAGAACCAGGAGUUAAGGUUCACUCAGGUGCGUGCUACACAUGAUAAGAUCAUAAUCAAGUGGGAACCGUUCUGGCCUCCCGACUUUAGAGACCUGCUGGGCUUCAUGGUCUUCUACAAGGAAGCGCCCUACCCCAACGUGACAGAGUUUGAUGGCCAGGAUGCGUGUGGCUCCAACUGGGUAAUAAUUGACGUGGACCCCCCAGCUCGGGCAACAGAGGGAAACCCACAACAGGAGCCAGGUACCUUGAUCUUGUCUUUGAAGCCCUGGACGCAGUACGCCAUCAUGGUCAAGACCCAGCUCUCUGCCUCUGAUGAACACCAGGUCCUCGGGGCCAAGAGCAAGAUCACCUACGUCAGGACAGAUGCCACCAAGCCGUCAGUGCCCCUGGACCCCAUCUCCUCCUCCAACUCUUCCUCUCAGAUCCUCCUGAAGUGGAAACCUCCCACGGACCCCAACGGGAACAUCACUCACUACCUGGUGUACUGUCAGCAGCAGCCUGAGGCCAGCGAACUCUACAAGUUCGAUUACUGUCAGAAAGGUAUGAAGCUGCCUUCGCGGGUGCCCACCCAGGUCGACAGUGACGAAGAGGCUAAGUGGAACCAGACUGAGGAUGAGGGUCAGGGUGGCCGCUGUUGUGCCUGUCCCAAAACAGAGAAACAACUGAAGAAGGAGGCUGAGGACUCAGAGUACCGCAAGACCUUUGAGAACUACAUCCACAAUGAGGUCUUCCUGCUCAAAUCAACCAGACAGCGCCGCUCAGCCAUGGGCGUAGCUAAUGAGACGCAGCCUUCGUUCGUGACAAAGCCUCCCACCCUGCCGGAAGGUUACGCCACCCGCGGCCCAGACGACGAUGAGGAUGGUGUGGAGAGCACUAAGAUCCAGCUGACUGUGUUCUCCAAGGAGUCCGCGGUCAUCUCCGGCCUCCGACACUUCACCUCGUACCAGAUCGAUGUGUUGGCCUGCAACCACCCCACAAACCCCUCACGCUGCAGUAUGGCGGCCUUCGUCUCAGCUCGCACCAUGCCUGAGGACAAAGCAGAUGACAUCGUGGGCCCCAUCAGCUAUGAUGUGUCUGAGUACUCUGUUCACAUCAAAUGGCUGGAGCCUAAAGCUCCCAAUGGAAUGAUCAUCCUGUACGAAGUCAACUACAAGAGACUGGGAGACGCAGAGGAGUUGCACCACUGUGUGUCCAGGAAGAUGUACCAGCAGUCGGAGGGCAGCAGGCUGAGAGUGGUGCACCCUGGGAACUACACAGUGAGGAUCCGAGCCACGUCGCUGGCAGGAAACGGCUCCUGGACCGACCCCACACACUUCUACGUACAGGACCUCCGCGUGGACCCAUCCAACCUAUUGAUUAUCAUUGGUCCAGUCAUCUUCAUGGUUCUACUGAUACUGGUGGCAGCGGGAGGAUUCGUCWUGUUCAGGAAGAAGCAAACCCAGGGCCCCUCUGGACCCCUCUACACCUCCUCUAACCCAGAGUACCUCAGUGCUGCUGACAAAUAACCCUACUGGGCGCCCGCCCCCCACGCUGAGGGAGAUGGUCCAGAUGACAGCAGAGAUUGCAGAUGGCAUGGCCUACCUCAACGCCAAAAAGUUUGUCCACAGAGAUCUGGCCGCUAGGAACUGCAUGGUGGCACAGGACUUCACUGUCAAGAUAGGAG